UUACUCGUUAGUGCCUAAUUGUGAUAACUACCGGAGCGUGCAGUGCCAACUGAAAUUCAAACUUAGCCAGGACCUUUUGAAAAGUCUCUACCAGAUUAAUCCAACUAAACAUGCAGUCCUCCAGCAUCUUUGUCCUGGCCAUUUGCGCCUUCGCUCUGCUCUCCUCCAUUAGGGCUGCUCCUCUGGACGACUCCCAACAUGCCACCAUCCUGAGAUACGACAACGACAACAUUGGCACUGAUGGCUACAACUUCGGGUACGAGACUAGUGAUGGAGUCACCCGCCAGGAGCAGGCUGAGCUGAAGAACGCCGGCACCGACCAGGAGGCGCUUAGUGUGCGCGGCUCCGUCAGCUGGGUGGCUCCCGAUGGCCAGACCUACACCCUGCACUACAUUGCCGAUGAGAACGGUUUCCAGCCCCAGGGCGACCAUCUGCCCCACAACUAAGUAUUUCCUCUUGGUGUAGUCAGUAUCGAAAGCAGUAUUUCUUUAUGUUAUAAAAAAAAUCAGGGUUUUAAAGUAUUUUAAUGUUCAUAUUUCAUUAUAAUAACAUAGUCGAUAUCAAUACAUAAAUAACUCAAUCGUA